ACUUUUGUGGCCGUAAAUCAUCUCAUUAGGAAUAAAAUGAGCAAUUUUAAAUUACAUUAUCACUAAAAAUAGAAAAUAUCAUUUUUUUUGAGAAAAAUUCUGAAAUGACUACAUACUAAAAAUCAGUUAUUGAUUCCACAUGCAUCUGUCUAGAGGCGAAGCUUUUGCAAUUAGCUAUAAUAUGUGUACAAGUCCUAAUCAUAAAGUAGUAUCUUUUGGGUUAUAUGUGUACGAGUCCUAAUCAUAAAGUAAUAUCUUUUGGGUUAUUUAGUCUAAUUUGACGACACAAAUAUGUAAUUAGCAGAAUAUAGUGACAUGAGAACAUACUCUUUUUAUCUGUUUACUGAAUGAUUUACGAACUUCACCUGUGGCUUGGAGACACAUACAUACACACAAAAAAAGAAUAAAAACUCGAAUGAUGUGGGUGACAUAUGGUCAAUCUCCAUAUAAGCUCAUGAGCCCAAUUAUUGAUAGCAGAACCAAUAAUUCAACAAGACGAGUAUGGAGAGGGCGAAAUAAUGGUGCGAGGUCCCAAUUAGUGCCUUUGCCUGUCUAUGAUGACUGAUUACUAUCCUUAUCGUAAUUUUGGAGACACAUAUAACAAAAAUCAGUGGCCUAUUGUGAUCGUAAAUACUUGGUUGAUGUGGGUGUCGCACACAGUUAAUCUCUUGAUAAAUUCAUGAAGUAAUGGGCAUGUGGAACUUCGUUGGAUGGAUUCAUGAAGUCCCACAUUGAUAACUAAAAAAACAAGGAGUUACAAGUCAGUUGUAGAGAUACUUUUAAUGGUUUGAAACCUUUUGAAAAGCUCAUCUGGAUUUAAUCCGACGAUGUCCCAUUAUGUUAAUUACAGUAUUUUUGGACAAGGUUAGCCCCACAAUUUGUACUUUUUGUUAUUCGUCGAGUAGUUGACUACUUAAUGCUAUGUAUUCAAUAUCAGGAAAAAAAUGGAUACACAUUAAUACAGUUAUACAAAAGACUGAAAGAACAAUAUGCUGUACUAACUUAGAACUCGAUCAUUCGCUAUAAAUUGAAGGUAAAAUCAACUACUGUUAGUACGUAACGAAACACAUCUUUACAUGAACCAAAAAUCACUUUUACUUUUAAGUCCAAAAAUCACAUUUUCUUUAAGAAUAAUGGACACUGCCAUUUUUCACUUGGUUUGCUCCUAUAUCCUCCUCUCCUCCUCCAUACUCUUUCAUUAUGCUCACCUAAUUUCAUCUUCAAAAAUUUUUGGAAAUACUACGGAUCAAUUAGCAUUGCUUUCCUUCAAGAAAGGAAUUAUCUCCGACCCACUAAGCAUUACAUCUUCAUGGAACGAAUCUACCCAUUUCUGCAAUUGGAUUGGAAUAACUUGUGGUCGCAGACAUGACCAGCGUGUCAUCACGAUGGACCUACGGUCUAGCAGAUUGGUGGGUACAUUGUCCCCAGCAGUAGGGAAUCUAAGUUUUCUGCGCCAACUCAGGCUUGACAACAACAGUUUUACCGGACAAAUCCCCCAAGAGAUUGGCAAACUAUCAAGAUUGCAAACAUUAGUUCUCAGAAAUAACUCAUUUUCUGGUGAAAUACCGAGGAACAUUUCACGUUGCUCAAAAUUGAUCAUGCUUCAUUUGGGUAGGAAUAAACUAAAGGGCAACAUUCCUGUGGAGUUUGCAUCGUUGAAUAAGCUUGAGGAGAUGCACGUUUUCUUCAACAAUUUGUCCGGAGAGAUCCCAUCUUGUUUUGGCAACUUUUCUUCGAUUCGAGUGAUCAGCCUACUAGCAAAUAAUUUCCAUGGAACCAUGCCAGAUUUUCUUGGAAAUCUAGGAAAUUUACAGAUUCUUGAACUUGCCAAAAAUAAUCUCUCUGGAGCCAUCCCUGCAUUAGUUUUCAAUUUGUCAUCAUUGCGCAAUCUUGAGUUAUCACUUAAUCAACUCGAGGGACCCAUUCCAUCAAGCAUGGGCUUCACACUUCCAAAACUAGAGGUUUUUAAUCUGGGGGCAAAUCAACUAACUGGACUGCUUCCUGCAUCAGUAUCAAACCUGACAAAUCUUAAACUUUUUGCUGUUGACACCAACAAUUUCAGUGGAGAGGUCCCUAGCUUUGGAAGCUCCAAAAAUUUGUAUUGGCUAGGACUUAGUGAAAAUCGUCUUGGAAAAGGCAAGCUAGAUGGCUUGCUUUUCAUGUCUUUCUUGCAAAAUUGUUCCGCCCUGCAAAUUCUCCAGAUCGAUGACAAUCAAUUUGGAGGAGUUAUUCCGCGAUACUUUGGCAAUAUGUCCAGCCUUUUGUACUUAACCAUGUCAAGAAAUCUUAUCCAUGGAAUCAUUCCAGUAGAGAUAUCGCAACUUCACAGCUUGCUGGAACUCUCUUUGCAGCAAAAUCAUCUCACCGGGGAAAUUCCUGAUUCUAUUGGAGAAUUGGAGCUGCUAAAUGAGUUGCACCUCAGUGACAACCAAUUGUCAGGGAAGAUCCCAUCUUGCAUUGGGAAUUUGACAAUGCUGUCUAAACUCAGCCUUGGGGCAAAUAAUUUGCAUGGUUCUAUACCAUCCAGUCUCGGAAAGAUCAAGUUUCUGUCCCUCCUGAAUCUCAGCAGGAAUCAUCUUAGCGGCGAAAUACCAAAAGAGAUUUUGCAGCUCCCAGAGGCACUUCUACACCUAGACUUAUCAAGAAACCACAUCACGGGUUCACUGGCGGCGUCUGUAAACAGCACUAUUCGCUUGAAAAACUUGGUCUAUUUGCGCCUCUCCAACAACAACUUAUCUGGUGAAAUACCAAGCAGCUUCAAAAUAUUGACAAGCUUAACAGAGCUCUAUGUCGAUAAUAAUUAUCUCCAAGGAGCUAUCCCUCCAUCCUUAAGUUCUUUGACAAGUCUUGAAUUCAUUGAUCUCUCACACAACAAAUUUGUGAGUAAGAUACCUGACUUUUUUGCUAGUCUCAGAUCCUUGAAGUACUUGAAUUUGUCCUACAAUGAUUUGGAGGGCGAGUUACCAUCAGAUGGAGUUUUCAGAAACAAAAGUAGAUUCUCAGUUACUGGGAAUAAUAAGCUUUGCGGAGGCAUUCCAGAGUUCAAGCUACCAAAAUGCCCAAAAAAGGAUCCAAGUUCUGGAAAAUCAUCUCGAAUGAUGAUUUUGAUCAUAGCAUUAGUUGUUGGAGGCAUCGUGGGCAUCACAGCAGUGGCAAUCCUUCUUUGGCGGUAUAAUAUAAAAAGAAAGCAGAGGGUUGCUGAUAAUCAGGGUUCGACGGUUGUGGAUGCAGUAAUCCCCAGAGUGACUUACCAAGGCCUUCAGAAAGCAACGAAUGGCUUCUCUCUGGAGAAUUUGAUUGGUUGGGGGAACUUUAGCUCUGUAUACAAAGGCAUUUUAGAUGAAUCAGUUGAUGGAAUUAAGCAGAUUGCUGUAAAGGUACUGAAACUUCAAAUGAAAGGAGCUAGCAAGUCCUUUGUUGCUGAGUGUGAAGCACUGAGGCAUAUCAGACAUCGAAACUUGGUGAAGCUUUUAACUUGUUGUUCAAGUAUUGAUCACCAAGGUCAUGAUUUUAAGGCCAUAAUUUAUGAGCUCAUGAUCAAUGGUAAUCUGCACAAUUGGUUGCACCAAAGUUGUUGGAAGAAUAGUACUACGGAUGAGGAGAAUCAUAAGCAGCCAAGAAGUAAUUUAAACAUUAAACAAAGGCUGGCUAUUGUGAUAGAUGUGGCCAGUGCAUUGGAUUAUCUACACAAUCAAUCUGGAAUGCCAUUAAUACAUUGCGAUCUCAAACCGAGUAACGUGCUUUUGAAUGAAGAAUUUGUUGCUCAUUUAGGUGACUUUGGAUUGGCAAGAUUUACGCAAGCUGAUGCCGCCACACAUGUACAGAGCAGCUCUAGCACAGUAAAAGGGACGCUAGGAUAUAUACCGCCGGAAUAUGCGGCAGGGAGUAAGUUGUCAACCUAUGGUGACAUGUACAGUUAUGGAAUUCUAGUGUUGGAAACAUUUACAGGAAAGAGCCCCACAGAUGAAAUAUUCAAGGAUGGCCUAAACCUUCAUGAUUUUGUGAAGAUGGACAUACCUGAACAAGUAUUGAAUGUUUGUGAUCCUACACUAGUUGACCGUUGCCUUGAAAAUAAAAAUGUUAUAAGGACGGAGAAGUGCCUGUGUUCAGUGUUUAGAAUCGGGAUUGCUUGCUCUAUGGAGUCGGCAGAAGCACGCAUGGACAUUGCACAUGUCCUUAAGGAGCUGAAGUUCAUUAGAGAUGAUCUCUAAUCACAAGCGCAUUUAAGAUUUAAAAUUUAUAUGUUGCUUUAGUGAUCUCAAUUAUAUUAAUAUGCAAUAAUUAUAGUUGAUUUCACUGUUAUAAAUUUAUAUAGUAUAUUGUAUGAAUUGCUUGAUAGAAGUAUAAGAUUUAUGCAAAAAUUAGUGAAUACUAUACUCUACAUUCGCCA